AUGACGGCCGGUCGUUUAGUUCAACCUGUUCGUUGCUGCAAAUGUCGUAACACACACGAAAACUACCAUACCUACACAAUCAACAAAGAAAAGGGAGAAGAGCAAAUAUGCAAGGUAUGUGACAGUUUUUCCUGGAAUCACCUUGGUGUAUCAACUGAAAUYCGKGACAAAGAUAUUGGCUCUUCCUGGUUUAACCAUUGUGGAAGCGGCUUUCUCUCCUGGSUGUGGCUACUCAUUAUAACUGGUGCUACCAUUGCAAAUGUUGCAAUCAUUUCCAGUCAUUUCCUGGACACUGACCWGGAUAUAGUACACACUUUGUCCUGGAUUGGGUCAACACUCUUGCUGUUUAUUGCACCAAUGGCCUGUUUGAUAUSCACGAUGCAUCAUGCUUUUCCAUACAUUAUUCCUGGUCAGUGGUCUCGUGCAGUUGAUGUAGAGUUCCUCAUCUGUAGACUUAGAUUCAUAGAUAUGAAGAGAAAGAAAUAUGGUGGAUAUGUAGCCUUUAUUAUAGGAUUAGCUCUAAUGGCGGUUGAACUUGUACGACUAUGUUCCCCAUUUUUUGACAAGARCCUUGUUACAGCUAUUGCCACCAAUCAUACCUACGAUGGAAUUCAUACAUCGUUUCCAUUGACCAUUUUCAUCACGAUAGAAGGCUACAUUAAUUUUGUUGGAUUCUGUUUCAUAAUCUACUUGCUGAGAUGCAGCUAUGUGUCAGAGGUCGGCCUUGUAACUAAGUUUUUAAAACARAACAUUGAAGAUGUUGACCUUUGCCGAGCAAGGCUGGCAGAGUCUUUCGAUGCUUUCCAUAUAUUCCGUGAAUUUUCCUCUGGCUGGAUUGCAUUGAAUCUUAUCUUAUCCACAAUUUGCAUMCUACUGGAACUGCAUGUUUGGAUAACUACCGAGAUUCCCUUGGURCCCUUUCAAUACCAGCAUGCUUUUCUCUUACUGGCAUUUUUAUUUGGUCCAAUACUAUCGAUUGGAAAUGUUGACUGUGAUUAUAUCUGGAAUAGACUUCUGAGAAAUGUGAGCAGGCAGAGGACGGUCGAGAGAGAAGAGUCGUGGAACAAAGUGAUGCAGUUUUUGAAUGAGCAGAAACCCGGACAACGACCCUGGCAAGCAGUUCUAGCUUUUAUYCUGUCUACAAUUGCCAUCUUUGCGGCAAUACAGUUCAGACUUUGGACCAAUCAAAGGAAGAUUAUCAAUAUUAUGAUUGACAAGAAUGGUACACUAUUUUCCGUACAUCAAAUCAAGCAGUUCAUUUAAAAAGGACUCAGAAAUACAAAGAAAUCCCGUUAYCAUGCAAAUGAAAAUAAAUAAGAGGACUGCGCUUACAAUKAACUACACCAACUUUAAAAUGGUCAACAAAUGAUUCCAAAUUGGAUAAUUCUAGCAGUAUUUCCAUGCAUGCGGUUCUUGGUUUAGCUAAUUGUUGUCAUUAACAGAGUGUUUCAAUCGUUUACAAAAUGAUAAGAGAUGAUUCCAAACCAUGACGAUGCUGGCAAUAUWUCUACACAUGGGACUAUACUACAACAUUGAUAAUGCACUUCUUGGCUGGCCUUUUUGCAGUCAAAAAGAAAAAAAAGAUCAAGAAAAGAAGAGAUAACAUUUUUUUAAAUCGUUUCCAAAAUGAUAACAAAUAACUGUAAUUAUGAUGCACCACAUUGCAAGAGURACACGAAUUCAUGUGACUCUCUCAGGCUGCAUACUAGUUCGUCUGCCCUUGCUUAGCGUCUUAGAGUAAAAAAAAAACACACCGACUUUGAGAUAGCUCAUAAAUAAAGGCAAUUGAUUGCAAACAUGA